AGCAUUUCGAUGGGCGAACACCCAAAUUCUGAUAUCAAUUUUCUGAGAAGUUGAAUUUGACAUUGUCGAUUAAACUGGCGAUUUUCCUAUUUUAAUCCGCAAAAAAUUCGAACAAAUUCUAGUAUUCUUUUAAAUUUCUCAAAAUAAUUGUUCAAAAUGGUAUUAGAAUUCUUCAAAAGCAUUUUCGGAAUUGGAUCUCCGUUUGUUAAAUUCCCGGUCGUCAGGGCAGACGACGACGACGACGAUGAUGAAAGCGGUUUAGAAGAUCCCUUUACAGGUUUAAAAGCGAACUGCGCUAAUUCCGAUAAAGGAAAAGCUCUGAAACAAAGAUUAGAAGAAUGUAACGCUAGAGUAAGAUCGCGAAAACAAACUGCUGAAACUUGUGAAGAAGAAUUGCACGAUUUAGUCCAUUUCAUCGAUCAUUGCGCUGCUAAAGAUUUAUUCAAAUACUUGAAGUAACAUUUCCUCAAUAUGUUUUGCUACCUAGGUUUCAAAUAGUGAUUGGAAAGUUGAUUAUAUUUUUCCAAAAGUUGUACAUAUUAAAAAAUUAUUACGGUUUGAA